UGUGUUUUAACAAUGAUGGUCUUUGCUUCUGCAUCUGUAACGCAUUUUAAUGCACCGCAAACUAUUACCAGAAUUUCCUGCCUUUGGGUAGGCUAUGUGGUUUUAUCAGAAAGACGCGGACCGCAAUCAAGAACGCAGGAGCGAUGAGAAGAUUCCGCUCGACUUGGAUCUGUUUGGUCGGAAGAUAGAUACACUUUGAGGAGAGCAGUGACAGAGACGAAGACAGCGGCACCAUCAAUAGUAGAAGUUGGACUGAAACUACACAUUCAGUAAGGAAACUGAUGCGCGCAAGAAGAGAUGCCAGCCAGGCGUGGCUUGUAUUUGAAUAUCCAAUGUGAGAAUGCGUAGGGAGUAUGUAUAUAAUAGGGUCUUUCCUUUUGAUAAACAGAGAUAUCAAACUGAUGAGUUAUAGUCAAGGACGAUUGAUGAGCUGAGAGGACUUUGAGGUCUGCUGAUUAGAGGAGCACGGCGCGCUGGGUACGCUUUGUGCGUGUAUGGAUCGGACUUCUGUGUUGCACCGUCAACUUUUUCCCUCCUUAAGCCACCGUACAUUUUAAUUGCCUUUGUAGAUUUUGACAGCUGAACACAAUGGCAGAGGUUGGUAGUUUUCUGGGGACACUCGAUUUGGAUUUACAAAGCUUCCCUGCACUCGGAAAUAUGCCCUUACCGGAGUCGCCAGUGGGCUUGAAUGAGCGGCUGGGGCAGAUUGAAGGGAGGCUGCAGCGGGGGUCGCUGACGGAUUUUGGGCACCUCAAAGGGAUCCUGAGGCGGCGGCAGCUCUACUGCAGAACAGGGUUCCAGCUGGAGAUAUUCCCCAAUGGGACAGUGCAUGGGACAAGACAAGACCACAGCAGAUUUGGUAUCCUGGAGUUCAUCAGUCUGGCAGUGGGUCUGGUCAGCAUCAGGGGGGUGGAUGCUGGCCUCUACCUCGGCAUGAAUGAGAAAGGAGAGCUCUAUGGGUCGAAGAAGCUGACAGCAGAAUGUGUGUUCAGGGAGCAGUUUGAGGAGAACUGGUACAACACCUACGCUUCGACGCUGUACAAGCACACAGACACGGGACGGUUUUACUACGUGGCCUUAAAUAAGGACGGCUCGCCCAGGGAAGGGGGCAGGACUAAAAAACACCAGAAACUCACACAUUUCCUACCCAGGCCGGUGGAAAUUGAAAAGAUCCCUCAGGCUUACAGAGACCUCUUCCAAUACAGGUGACCAGUGCCCACACUGGGACAACUGGCCGAGUCUGGCGGGACAGAGAAGGAAAGAAGGAAAGAAGAAGGAGGGAGUUAUGGAUGUUUUGAACCUGGGACAGAACUCUAUACGUCUCGACCUUGCUUUGCGCGGCUCCCCCAUGAUGCUUGCGUCUGCUCCUCGAUCCACAUGCAAAGCCCGCCACCGAGCACAGCGCAGAAGUAAACAUGGGUGUGGCUUUCUUUUGCCUCUGCAGCCGGCGUCUGACCACAUGACAGAGGAAGACUUAUCUUCUAAAAAUCUUCUAAAAACCACUGCAGCCAUAGAGAGAUGAGGUCGGACUGUGAGGUCAGGACGAUCGAAUCUGAGCCACAGGUGCCACGAUUGUUUUCCGAAUAACCACUUUCAGAGGCGAAUGGAUGGAUUUAAGCGAUAGCGAACGCAGUGAUGAAAGAUUGGGCUGUUUUUGCCCUUGGCAGGUUUGAGUAGCGCGAAGCUGGAUUGGUUGGACUCCAAAGAGAGAAGGACCAUCAGUGACUGACCGAGAAACUGUUAGGAGCUUCAGAUGAGACCACUGCAGAUCUCAUGUGGUGCAUUUGUCAUGCAUUAUAAGCAAGUCAUGGUAAUGUUUAUGCCGACCCUGAAGCCAGCAUGCCAGUUCACUGAAGAGAGGGCACAUUCCACAUACAGACAGAGGGUCGGAGACGGCCACAAACUAUGUGCUAAAUGCAUAGUAAUUGCCAGCUUAGGACGUAGCGAGGUACAAAAGUGUCUGGUGUACGAAACAGCGAAGAGAAAUUGUGAGAGGAAUGACUGUGAGGCAACAGAGAACAAAUUGUUACAAGGGGAACCCGAAUUCAGUACGUUUUCUUCUAAAUCAAAGAUGGAAGAGGAAAAAAAAAAUCUCUAUGUUUAAUGUGAGACAUUGGGAGAUAAAAGAGCACUUACUGCCAAUCCACCCCUAGCUGGGAGUUCACUUGGUCUCCUGGGCGAUCAUCACAUUUAAAUAAAAUAUUACAUAGCAACUUGUAGGAAUUUCAUAAGAUACAUCUGAGUAAGCUUGGGACAAAAAAAAAAAGCACUUCUCUGACUGUUGUUGUAAGGAUAAUCUGCAUAAGUGAUGGAUUUUCAAAAUGAUGGUGACUUGUAAUGUUCAGAGUGUCAGGAACAUUAUUAAAAAUGCAAGCAGCUGAGGUGUACGUAUGGGUGAUCCUAUUUAUGAGAUGUACAAUAUAUUUAUUUUCUACAUAUAAAGUAUAAAUAUAAAUCUAUAUAUUUAUUUAUUGCAAAGACUUUAUUUUGUAAUGAACUUGAAGUUAUCUGAACUGUAGAUUCUACUGAAUUAUACAGAAAAUUCA